UGCAGGAAGACAGCAGGAGGCAGGCCGGGCUCCGUGGACCAGCCCGGCCCACCUCUUCGUUUCAACUGGUGUUCGGACGCGGCCGACAUGUUGACGCGCGACUCCUCCAGCUUCUUUUGUCUUUCUUGCCAACUUUGAGCAUCUCGCAUUUUUUUUUUUUUUUUUUUUUUAAUCGUUACACGCCGGAUGAAUCAGCCGUUUUCCCGCUUCCGGGCUCGAACUGCGACCGUUUUGGUUGUGAUGCGUCUUCUUCCCGUUCGCACUCACACCGCUUUGGAUUCCCUCUGGUGGAUCUGUUCUUUGUCAGAAUGGCGCGUUUCGCCGACGAGCUCCCCAGCCGCUAUGGAGGGAGUGCCGGCGGCGCGGGAGGAGGUGGAGGCGGCGGCGGGCGAGGAGCACCAGGCGCCGGGAGAGGCGGCGCCCGGGGUGGAGGCGCUCCUGGCGGUCAGAGGAUGUACAAACAGUCGAUGGCCCAAAGAGCUCGGACCAUGGCCAUUUACAACCCCAACCCCGUCAAGCAGAACUGCCUCACUGUCAACCGCUCCCUCUUCAUCUUCCGGGAGGACAACCUCAUCCGGAAGUACGCUAAACGUAUAACGGAGUGGCCUCCAUUUGAAUACAUGAUCCUGGCAACUAUCAUCGCUAACUGCAUCGUUUUGGCCUUGGAGCAACAUCUGCCUGCCAGUGACAAGACGCCCAUGUCGGAGCGCUUGGACGACACAGAGCCCUACUUUAUCGGAAUAUUCUGUUUUGAGGCCGCCAUUAAGAUCAUCGCCCUGGGCUUUGCGUUCCACAAAGGCUCCUACCUCCGCAAUGGAUGGAACGUAAUGGACUUUGUGGUCGUUCUCACCGGAAUCUUGGCAACGGUGGGCUCCGACUUCGACCUACGGACUCUGCGGGCGGUGAGAGUGCUACGACCCCUCAAACUUGUGUCAGGGAUCCCCAGCCUCCAAGUGGUGUUGAAGUCCAUCAUGAAGGCCAUGGUUCCCCUGCUUCAGAUCGGCCUGCUGCUUUUUUUCGCCAUCGUCAUGUUCGCCAUCAUCGGUGUGGAGUUCUACAUGGGCAAAUUCCACACCACCUGUUUCAACCUCGACACCGGUGAAAGAGCAGCAGAAUGGCCUUGUGGUCUGGAGCCCCCAGCCAGGUUGUGUCCUAACGGGACCCAAUGCAGGGAAUACUGGACUGGACCUAAUUUUGGCAUUACCAACUUCGACAACAUCCUGUUUGCUGUGCUUACGGUGUUUCAGUGCAUCACCAUGGAGGGCUGGGUUGACAUUCUCUACAGCACUAACGAUGUGGCAGGAAACACAUGGAAUUGGCUCUACUUCAUCCCGCUCAUCAUCAUCGGCUCCUUUUUCAUGCUCAACUUGGUCCUCGGUGUCCUAUCGGGAGAGUUUGCCAAAGAGAGGGAGCGUGUGGAGAAGAGGCAAGAAUUCUUGAAGCUUCGAAGGCAGCAACAAAUUGAAAGAGAGCUCACUGGAUACUUAGAAUGGAUCUGCAAAGCUGAGGAGGUGUUGCUGGAGGAGGAGGAUGAAAUUGCGGAGGAGAAGUCGCCAUUGGAUGGAGCGUGGUACAAGAGGAAACAAAAUCUGCCAGUCCUAAAACGAAGCAAAGCUAAGAAGAGUAAAAAUGAUUUGAUCGGUGCCGAGGAAGGUGAAGAUCCAUUCGCUGACAUCUCCUCCGUUGCGCCUCCCGGUUCUCCUUUUGGCCGGGCCAGCGUGAAAAGCAGCACUAAGAUGGACAGUUCGUCAUACUUCCGUCGUAAGGAGAAGAGAAUCCGAUUCUUCAUCCGGCGGAUGGUGAAAGCUCAAAGCUUCUACUGGAUUGUUUUGUGCCUGGUGGGCCUGAACACUCUCUGUGUGGCCAUAGUCCACUAUGACCAACCCGAGUGGCUUACGAGGGCUUUGUACAUCACGGAGUUUGUCUUUUUGGGUUUGUUUCUGACGGAGAUGACGUUGAAGAUGUACGGCCUUGGACCAAGGAAUUACUUCCACUCCUCCUUUAACUGCUUUGAUUUUGGGGUUAUUGUGGGAAGUAUCUUUGAAGUCAUCUGGGACAUGAUCAAACCAGGAGCAUCUUUUGGUAUCAGUGUGUUGAGAGCUCUUCGACUUCUGAGGAUCUUCAAAGUAACCAAGUACUGGAACUCCCUGCGGAACCUCGUGGUUUCCCUGCUUAAUUCCAUGAAGUCAAUCAUCAGUUUGCUCUUCCUCCUCUUCCUCUUCAUUGUCGUCUUCGCUCUGCUGGGCAUGCAACUCUUUGGAGGACAGUUCAACUUUGAAGACGAGACACCAACAACAAACUUUGAUACUUUCCCAGCAGCCAUCCUUACCGUGUUUCAGAUUUUGACCGGUGAGGACUGGAAUGCUGUGAUGUACCACGGGAUCGAGUCUCAAGGAGGUGUCCGUCGUGGAAUGUUCUCCUCCGUCUACUUCAUUGUCCUCACGCUUUUUGGAAACUAUACCCUCCUGAACGUCUUCUUGGCCAUCGCUGUUGAUAAUCUCGCAAAUGCGCAGGAGCUAACGAAGGAUGAAGAGGAGCAGGAGGAAGCGGCCAAUAAGAAGCUGGCCCUACAGAAAGCUCUGGAGGUGAAGGAAGUCAGCCCCAUGUCAGCAGCCAACAUCUCCAUUGCUGCUUUUGUAAAGCAAAAUCGAGACGCGCUCUCUCGCAGGUCGUCCAUCAACAGCAUUCAGUCACUCAAGGAGCAGGAGCGGGCGAGCAAGACCAUGUCAAUAUGGGAGCAGAGGACCAACCAACUGAGACGACACAACAUACGAGCGAGCAGCGAGGCCUUGUUUAAUGAGCUCGACCCCGAGGAGCGCCAACGAGUGUCCUCUGCCUUGCAUCUGCAUCCCGACAUGAAAACUCACCUGGAUCGGCCCUUAGUGGUGGAGGCCAAGAACGCCAACCUGCCCAAAGGGCGAGAAGAAGGAGAACAAGAUGACACCGAAGACAACUCACAUUUGCACGGCAGAAAACACCACAGACACCGCGGCAGGAACGGCAACGGUCGGGACGGAAGCGACGGCCGCUCGGCGAGACACCACACCCAUCACAGCAGGAGCAAAGAUCACCACGGCAACGGAGCGCUGACCAAAGAGAGGAGAGAGGAGAGGAGCCACAGUCGGGAUGAGGGGCAAAAACGCAGGCGCCAUCAUCAAGCUGCGUCCCCGGAAGAAGAGACCUCGGACGUACGAGGAGGAGCAGAAGAAAGAGGGCAUCGCCAUCAUCACUCCCACCGCAUGCCCAAAGAAGGGAAUGGCGCUUUAGCGAACGGUGCACAUGGAGAGCAUCGGGGUCGGGGAAGAGGAGGCGAGGGUAAUGGGGAGAGGAAAGGACGUUGCUCCCAAAUAAUCAGAGCUCCGCUGACUCUGGAUGGAGAUGAAAGCAAAAAAGAUCACAGGGCGGUGCGGUCCGACGGUGAGGAGGAGGGUCUUGCCAUGAGUCCUCUGCAGCCAAUGCAGAGCCGGCUGAGUCUUGGAGAAAAGCAGGAGGACGCAGACAACCAGAAAAACUCCACGAGAGCAAGCCAGGCCGGCCUGAACAGCAACACUAUUCACAUCCCUGUCACCAUUACUGCCCCACCUGGAGAGACCACCAUUAUUCCCAUGAACAACAUUGACUGCGACAACUUCAAAGUGAACGAGGAGAAGAAGGCUCUGGAAGAGGACGAUGGCGCUGAUAGACCUCGGCAGAUCCUCCCCUAUAGCUCCAUGUUCAUCUUUGGGCAAACAAACCCGGUGCGGCGGCUGUGUCACUACAUAGUCAACCUACGCUACUUUGAAAUGUGCAUCCUGAUGGUCAUCACCAUGAGCAGCAUCGCUCUGGCAGCCGAGGACCCCGUGCACGCCAAUGCACCGCGUAACAACGUCCUCAAGUAUUUGGAUUAUGUCUUCACUGGUGUGUUCACUUUUGAGAUGGUGAUUAAGAUGAUUGACUUAGGACUUCUCCUCCACCCGGGCGCCUAUUUCCGUGACCUGUGGAACAUUCUGGACUUUAUUGUGGUCAGUGGAGCUCUUGUGGCCUUCGCCUGCUCAGGGACAAAAGGCAAGGACAUCAACACCAUUAAGUCCCUGAGGGUCCUCAGAGUCUUGCGGCCACUUAAGACCAUUAAACGUCUUCCCAAGCUGAAGGCGGUGUUUGACUGUGUUGUGAAUUCCCUGAAGAAUGUCCUCAACAUCCUAAUCGUCUACAUGCUCUUCAUGUUCAUCUUUGCCGUCAUCGCUGUGCAGCUUUUUAAAGGAAAAUUCUUCUACUGCACUGAUGAGUCCAAAGGUUUAGAAAAAGACUGCAGGGGUCAGUUCCUGGACUACGACAAAAUGGAAAAUGGACGCGACGUAGAAGCUCAGCCCAGAGAGUGGAAGAAAUACGAGUUCCACUACGACAAUGUUCUUUGGGCCUUCUUAACACUCUUCACUGUCUCCACGGGAGAGGGCUGGCCUCUGGUGCUGAAGCAUUCCGUGGAUGCCACCUAUGAGGACCAGGGCCCCAGCCCGGGGUUCCGCAUGGAGACGUCCAUCUUCUACGUGGUCUACUUUGUGGUGUUCCCUUUCUUCUUCGUCAACAUAUUUGUGGCCUUGAUUAUCAUCACCUUCCAGGAGCAGGGAGACAAAGCUAUGUCUGAGUGCAGCCUUGAAAAGAAUGAGAGGGCUUGUAUCGAUUUCGCCAUAAACGCCAAGCCGUUGACAAGAUACAUGCCGGAGAACAAGCAGUCCUUCCAGUAUAAGAUGUGGAAAUUUGUGGUGUCGCCGCCGUUUGAGUAUGCCAUUAUGACUUUAAUUGCCCUCAACACGGUGGUGCUGAUGAUGAAGUUUUACGGAGCUCCAGACAUUUACGAGUCCAUGCUGAAAUACUUGAACAUCGUCUUCACUGCCCUCUUUACGCUGGAGUGCAUCCUUAAAGUUAUUGCAUUUGGUCCACUGAACUACCUGAAAGCAGCCUGGAAUGUGUUUGACUUUGUGACAGUGCUAGGGAGCAUAACAGACAUCGUGGUAACAGAGGUAAAGGACAAGAUGAUUAACUUGAGCUUUCUGAGGCUGUUCAGAGCGGCUCGGCUCAUCAAACUGCUGCGACAAGGCUACACCAUUCGCAUUUUAUUGUGGACUUUCGUGCAGUCCUUCAAGGCCCUUCCAUACGUUUGCCUGCUCAUCGCAAUGCUCUUCUUCAUCUAUGCCAUCAUUGGAAUGCAGGUUUUUGGUAACAUUGAGCUGAACGAGGAGACCGCUAUAAAUCACCACAACAACUUCCAGACCUUUUUCCAGGCUUUAACACUUCUUUUCAGGAGUGCCACAGGCGAAGCCUGGCAUGAGAUCAUGCUCGCUUGUCUCAGUAAUCGGUCAUGUGAUAAACUCUCAGGAAAUACAGCGAAGGACUGCGGAAGUGACUUUGCCUACUUCUACUUUGUCUCCUUCAUUUUCCUUUGCUCCUUUUUGAUGUUAAAUCUUUUUGUCGCCGUCAUCAUGGAUAACUUUGAGUACCUGACCAGAGAUGCCUCCAUUCUGGGCCCUCAUCACCUUGACGAGUUCAUCCGCGUUUGGGCCGAGUAUGACCCUGCUGCCUGUGGAAGGAUUUGCUAUCAAGAUAUGUACAAAUUGUUGCGUUUUAUCUCACCUCCCCUGGGCCUGGGGAAGAAGUGUCCAAGCAGGGUGGCCUAUAAGCGUCUGGUCAAGAUGAACAUGCCUAUUGCGGACGACAACAGCGUGCAUUUCACCUCCACGCUCAUGGCGCUGAUCCGCACUGCCUUGGAGAUCAAGCUGGCAUCCGGGGUUUUGGCACAACACGUGUGUGAUAUUGACCUGAAGAGAGAGCUAAACAGAGUGUGGCCCAACUUAUCGCAGACGUCUAUUGACCUGCUGGUGACACCACAUAAAUACAAUGAACUGACUGUAGGGAAAGUGUAUGCAGCACUCAUGAUCUUUGAUUCUUACAAGCAGUAUCGUGCCAAGCAUCCUUCUGGAGGACAUCAGAGCAAACUGAGCACCUUUUUUCGUCCGAUACUUCCUCUUGGCCACACACAGGAAGUAGAACCCCCGAUACCAAGUCCCAAACAGAUCUUUCCUUUUCAACCAGAAUCGGACCCAAAGACCACGUCACCUCUGCCACCUCUCACAAGCACGAGCACCUCUGUCAACAAGGACACAAUGCUUGACCAGAAGAGUGCCAUCAAACACUCCCAGUCUGGUGACGUCUCCCAGGCAGCUUUGAGACCUAAAGGCCGGAGGAAACUUCAGAGAGGCCAGUCAGAAGAUGUGCCGUGUUCCACGAGGCCUCAGGUUCAUCAGGAUGUGGUGUUUCUUCUGCAGGAUGCCGUUGAGAUGAAGCCGGUUGAGAACAUGUCCGACAGAGAAGAACACUCCGGCUUAGAAGGUCACGGCAGAGCAUCUUCCCUGCCUCGACUUAAUGCAGAGUUCUACCGGAGCCACUCUCGCCACGCCCCUGGGACCCACCUGGCACCAAUCGUUGACCUCAGUCCCAUCAGACGCUCCGCUUCCUCGUUGACCCCGCAGUACAGGCAGGAGGUCGGUCUGAAGGAAUACCACUUGACACGGCCGGGCCAGCCUCCGCCGUCGACCAGGCCCGCUCCGGGCCAGGCCCAGGACCGAGCGCAUCACCAUCACCACCACCACCGCUGCCACAGACGCAGGGACAAAGACAAAGACAAAGACAAAAAGCAGAAAUCUCUGGAUAGAGGGACGUCAGUGCAGCAACCGAGUGCAGUCGGCUCCUUCACCGACCCUUCAGCUGAGGGCUGGUCCAGGGAACGAGCAAGGGAGCGUGAUCGCAGUCGCCAUCACGAGAGGAGGCAUCACUCCUCUGCAGGGGAGCAACGCUACUACUCAGAGCGUUACAGCUGCAGGGAGACGAGCCACGCCAAGUCAGCCAGUCCAAGCCGAUCCACGUCUCCAGGAGAGGCACAGGACACUGCUGUCCUUAAACAACAUGGUAGCACUGGAGGUAAGCCUGCACCCUCUGGUUCAAGCACGCCAGGCCGUGGUCGCAGGCAGCUCCCCCAGACACCCCUGACCCCUCGUCCCGCCGUGGCCUACAAGACCGCCCACUCCGCCCCUCUGCCGUCAGCUGCCAGCACCGCUAUGGUUUCCCAGACCCGUGUCAGCCGUGGCCUUUCAGAACACGAGCGCUUGCACAGGGACAAUGACCUGUCACCGGUACCGGUCACCUGCUUCGGCUCCGACCCCGAUUUAAAUCUGCAGCCGCAGGGAACUUCUCGCCAAGCGCUCUAUGAAGAAACCGAUGACUUCCAGGACGCCGUUAGCAGUCAACUGUUGUCACACUCGGCCAGAGCCGCCACCUCCGCUACCACUUCCGCUUCCAACGAGAGUGCUGCUGUGCCUGCUACAGCGGCGGCCGCACAAGGCCGCGCUGACGUACCCAACGGCUACCACUUCACCUUCGGGGUCAACGCCGCCUCGAACGACAGAGGAACAGGAAGCCUCAGGGAGCGAGAGGAGGAGGACUGGUGCUAACAUGCUAGGAUAGAAGACAGGUUUUUUCCUAUCCACUGAUGAGGGAGCAGCUUAACCGCGUUGCUCGGCUCAGUCCGCGUGAGCUGGUCAGAGGCUGACGCAGGAAGGAAGUCCGAAAAAAGCCGGUUCAAAGUGCUGAAAAGGCUUCAGAUUCAUUCCAGUGUCCAAGUGUUACUCUCCUCAUUCAUCAGUUAUUGGCAAAAGGAAACGGGAAGCUUAGCUGAACUUGCACUGAUGGCACAAUGAAGACCCUCCAGUAUUGUUGUCUGGUAGUGUUGGAGGAGACGUAAGAUCUUUAGAUCCUGUUUGAAAGUCGUUGUUGACCCCACGGAAUGCCCAAAUAAUAGAAUAAGGAGAUGAGUAUUUGAUCCCCUGCUGGAUUAGUACAUUUACAAACAAACAGGCUAGGAUUUUUAAGUCAAGUUUAAGUCGUUCCUGUUUAUGUCGACCGACUCUUCAUACGGCGUGUUCUUCAUAUAACUAACAAAGUGUCUGCUUAAGUUGUCACUGACAUACACUAUAUUGCCAAAAGUAUUUGGCCACCUGCCUUUACUCACAUAUGAACUUGAAGUGCCAUCCCAUGGAAUUGCCCAACAUGUUUUGGUAUCCUGGAACGCUCAAAGUUCCUUUCACUGGAACUAAGGGGCCAAGCGCAACUCCUGAAAAACAACCCCACACCAUAAUUCCUCCUCCACCAAAUUUCACACUCGGCACAAUGCAGUCCGAAAUGUAGCGUUCUCCUGGCAACCUCCAAACCCAGACUCGUCCAUCAGAUUGCCAGAGAACACGUCUCCACUGCUCUAGAGUCCAGUGGCGACGUGCUUUACACCACUGCAUCCCAUGCUUUGCAUUGGACUCGGUGAUGUAUUGCUUAGAUGCAGCUGCUCGGCCAUGGAAACCCAUUCCAUGAAGCUCUCUGCGUACUGUACGUGGGCUAAUUGGAAGGUCACGUGAAGUUUGGAGCUCUGUAGCAAGUGACUGUGCAGAAAGUCUUUGCACUAUGCGCUUCAGCAUCCGCCGACCCCUCUCUGUCAGUUUCCGUGGCCUACCACUUGGUGGCUGACUUGCUGUUGUUCCCAAACUCUUCACUUUUCUUAUAAUAAAGUUGACUUUGGAAUAUUUAGGAGCGAGGACAUUUCACGAUUGGAUUUGCUGCACAGGUGGCAUCCUAUGACAGUUCCACGCUGGAAAUCACUGAGAGCGGCCCAUUUUUUCACAAAUGUUUGUGGAAACAGUCUCCAUGCCUAAGUGCUUGAUUUUAUAUACCGGGCCAAGUGAUUCUCACCAUUUGGAUGGGUGGCCAAAUACUUUUGGCAAUAUAGUGUACAUGGUCCACUGAUUUUUUUAUAGGGAUGUUCCGAUCAGGUUUAAUGCUGCAGAUUCUGAUCAUUUUCAAUCAAUCAAUCAAUCAAUCAAUCAAAGUUUAUUUAUAUAGCCCUUAAUCACAAAUGUCUCAAAUGGCUGCACAAGCCACAACGACAUUCCAUCGGGUCAGAUCCCACACCAGGGCAAGAAAAAACUCAACCCAAUGGGAUGACAAUGAGAAACCUCGGAGGGGACCGCAGAUGAAUGCUCCACACAGUUUAUUGAUUACAGCAUUGACGCAGGCUACAAUGGCGGACGCGCGCACAUUUUCGGGACUUUUGCACCCGAAUUCAAAACAGCAGUAACCAUUAGGUAAGAAAAGUUGGUUUUGCAUAAUAUUGUGAAACAAACGCCAUAGGUUGCCAUUUGCCGUAUGUUGCCAUUUGCCGUAUGUUGAAGCGUAGUACGUCUGACUACAGUAGCCGUAAUGCGCCGACAAACCAUUAAAGUGGUGCGGCUUCGUAGCUUACCAAAGCCGUACUAAAACAUUUUGACAGUUUUUUGAUUGCUGUGUGUAAUGUUUUAUAUUUUCAAUGAAUCAUCAACGUUUUGGUGUUGCUUGCUCACGGGUGCUUGCUAGCGUCAUUGUUUGAACAAGUGUCGGUCAACCUGCAAUCCACACGUACUGUAUCUCUUAUGUGUAACUGCCAUCUACUGGUCACAGUUAUCAUUACAUCGUGUAGCAAAUAAACUGGCUUCGAGGUUGGUUAGCACAACCAGAAUUAAUACGUAUAUAAGGCGUAUUGAGGCGCACAUAUUUUAAGUGCGCCUUACAGUACGAAAAAUACGGUAGUUCCUUAUUUUCU